UUGUUUUUUUUUUUAGUUCUAAUUUGUGGUGCUUAUUUUUUUACUCAAGAUAAUCAUGUGUUAGUUACAAUAAUAAUCAUGUAUUUAUAAACAUUUUAGAAUUUUUUAAAAACAUGUCUAAUGAAGAACCAAUGCAAAUCGCAGAUGAUGCUUCUGCUAACACAUCUGCUGACCAAACACCUUCAAUCCAAACUGUAGAAGAAACAGUAGCAGAUCAUGUUAACCCAGAGGUUGUAAAAGAUGAUUUUGCACACACAGUUCAAGAACCAAAAGAAGAUACUGAGCCUGAAAAAUCUACAGAGAAUACCCAUAAAGCAACAAAUGAAGAAAUGGCAGAGCUGCUUUCAGAGAAAACAAAAAAAGUUGUGAAUGAUGAGCGUGAAGCAGCAACCAAACCCAAAUCAAAAGUUGAAAUCCAGUCUUUACCCACACGACAAUAUUUAGAUCAGUCAAUUGUUCCUAUUCUUUUGCAAGGUUUAACUGCUAUAGCUAAAGAACGGCCUGCUGAACCCAUUGAUUUUUUAGCUGCAUACCUCAUGAAGAAUAAACAUUUGUAUCAAAGUUGAAAUCAAAACCUUUAACAGUUUUACUAAACAGUUUUCAUUAGGUUUAGCUAUAUUUAUUGGCAAAAAUUGUGACAAGUUUCAAAAAGAAAUGUUAAACAAGAAUGGCUUUUUAUUUUCUAAAAGCAAUUUUAUCAGAAGAUGAGAAUUUAAAUUGCGAGACAGACAAAGAUAAUUUCAAUACGGAAAGUUGUACAAAUAUUGGUUCAAAAAAUAUAAAACAUUUUAAAAUA